AUGUCAUCAAAGAAGAGAAGCGGGAAGUCCGUGCCCACAAGUGCCGCCUCGGUGGAAGACGAUGGUGGCAAUUUUAUCAUCCCUGCUGAGGCACUCCCGGCUGUGCUACGCACCGGCAAAUCGAAUGGUCGAAACCACGUUGCCGCCGCUCGCCCUGGGCUCAGCCGGGUCGUCAACCACAACUGCCUUAGACCGCAUGGCGCCCUGAAUCCAGGGGACUUGGAGGCCCAUCUUCACUCAGACGGACCUCCGGAGUCCUUGAUGCAGGAUAUUGUAGCAGCGGUCAAUGGUUCUCAGAAGCUUCUGCGCCGUACCCCUGACUUCACUAUCUUGGCCGAUUCUAAAGAGGUCAUUGGCGUCCUCCAUCGCACCGCUUUCCGGCACUGGUGGCUGGAAAGUGUCGCCAAAGAAUGCUUAAGCGCUGCAGCAUACCCGUUUACAAGCUUUCGUUUUAGGGCACCCCUCUCAGGAGACGCUUUGGGCUUUUCCCUUCCUGUUGUGGCAGAAGGUAAAAAAGAAGUUAACACUUGUAUUUCCACUGCAGAGGCCAUUCGGCGCAUCCUCCUCGUAUUUGCCAGGAACUCCAACAACGGUGAUCGGGCAUCUGAAGAGCUUCUUUUUCAUAUGCUGCAAAAUGAGAAGGCCUCGGUUGAAGAGCUGCUCCUGACAAGCUAUAACAGUCAUUAUAUCACUGUUUGUUGCGGCCUGUAUUUCUACCGCGUAGACGUGCUCGAUCAAGAAGGAUUGGUGGUUAGCGCAGAUACCAUCGCUGAACGCCUUCGAGCAGUAAAGGAGCACGCGGACUGCACGGAACGGGCACUUCGCCAGCAAACAAUACUUCCCGAGGCACUAGAGGAGCUUGUUGCGUUCUACCAGCUUAUAGGUCGUCUGACAGAGAUUUCCCAUGUGGAUUGUGCGGCAAUCAUGGAGCGCAUGCGAAAUGCAAAUCCUGUGAAUAAGGCUUCUCUGGAUGCCAUUGAUGCGGGCAUCUUCACUGUCGUGCUACGAAAUCGUGAAAAUGGAGCCUCCUGUGCGCACUGGUACCGAAGUGCGUUGGUUCUGGAAGAAGAAGAAGAGAGUGGUGUGUUGACGAUGCGUGGACACUCCACACUCAUGCACAGUGAUAUGCUCAUGCAAUUUCUGCUGCAGGUCCUUUGCUGGAAUGAAGAUAUGGACGCUAUGGCUAGCACAAGAGAUGAAUCGUUGUGCACAGCGAAUUCAAUACCCGCCGAUGUUAACCAAGUAAUUGGAAUGGAACACUUGGAGAUAUGGUUGCCAUGGAAGCAUCGCAAGCCCAUGCAGCCUUACGCGGUGGCGCAGCCAUCUCCGCAGAUAUUUCCUAUUGCGGUGCCAAGCGAAGGGAUCAUGAGUUUUGCAUCUCUCUGUGUAUCUGCUGUGCUGGCGGUGCAGCGGGUGUUAACUCCCUGCGAGGGUUUCCCUGCGGUGUUAAUCGCAUUUCCACACCCACAAGGGGCUGUUUCGGCGGCACUUCUCUACUCGUGUGAGGUCGAGGCGCUCAUUCAAUCUCUUUGCUGUGGAUCUGCGUUAGUGAAGUGUCGAGCAAUGAGACAGUUAGCUUUGGAAGCACUACGGAGCGUGGGGAAUAUAAUUGACAUGUGCUUUCACGAACCAUAUCCUCUCUACUCAAUGACAAAGCUUCUCGUUGCACAGGAGAAAGCGGCCGGAACGGAUGCCGUAGCAGAGGGUGGUGUUUUAGGUGUUGUGGAUCUUUUUGUAACAGUCGACAUGUUGGGGUCGAGUGCAAAGGUGAUGGGAUGUAAGUCGAGUCUUGUUCUGCCGUCGCGCUUCGCCCUCAGCUGCAAUGCGACAGGCAGCGUGCAGCGGCAACCGCCUUCCAAGGGUCCUUCUGGUGUGCAUGUCACAUUCGCAUCGCUCGUGUCCCUUAAGGGUGAGGAGGAGUUGGCCAUUGGGAUGCGGCUGGCCAAUUGCAUGUCGGAGAAAGCCAAGCAGCUGCUGUCGCUGCUUUCCAUGUAA